AUGGCGACAUCCCAAUCCUGGUGGGAAGAGUCUCGUUCACGCGACCCGUCACCCGAACAAUCCACUUUCGAGUCGAAGCAGCUCGCGGACUCUGACCUGCCAGACACCAACGAAGAACAGCUCCUCACUCGACGUGUACAUAUCCUUGGCUUGGGGAGCAUUGGCACGCUGGUAGCUCAUUCUCUGAGAUGUCUACCUAAUCCGCCGCCAAUUACCUUGAUGAUCCAUCGAUCCGAGCAGUACGAAGCAUUCAAAAGAGGCGGCCGGGUAAUUAGUCUGAUUAACAAACAAAACAAGAUCAAUGAUCAGCAGACUGGCUAUGAUGUCGACCUGUUCGAGGGAGUCCACGAGGACGGCUCAGCGCGAUGGCGCUUCAUACCGGACUCGCCAUACCACAAAUCCCGCACCAAUCCUGUUGAACCAGGGGAAGAGAUGCCAUCGGGCGAGCUCUUCAUCUACACGCUGAUUGUUGCGGUGAAAGGUCCGACAACCGUGGCGGCCCUUCGGUCCAUCAAGCACCGUGUCAACGCAAAGACUACCAUCUGUUUCAUGCAAAAUGGACUAGGGCAAAUUGAUGAGCUCAACCAAGCAGUGUUCACAGAUCCAGGGACACGGCCGACGUACAUGUUGGGAAUCGUCUCCCAUGGCGCGUACAUGUCACAGCCCUGUACAGUCGUCCAUGCCGGGUACGGCACGGUAGCGCUAGGGAUCUGUCGAGACCGUGAUCGAUAUCCGCUGCCCCCAAAGGGCCCCGUGCGGCAUCUGUGGCAGCUGUCGGAAGAGGAGAGGAAGCGGUAUCACCCUACCGACAAGGAACUGUUUUUCAAUCUUUCGUCGCGGUACCUCCUUCGCACUCUCACAAGGUCGCCAGUGUUGGCCUGCGCCGUAUUUCCUUACCUGGAUCUUUUACAGCUGCAGCUUGAGAAAUUGGCCUCGAACUGUAUCCUGAAUCCUCUAACCGCGCUCCUCGACGUCCCGAACGGUGCCAUGUUGAACAAUGAUGAGCUGCUGCCCAUUCAAAGAUUGCUGCUCGCCGAGAUUUCUCUGGUCAUUCGUGGCCUACCUGAGCUAGAAGGAAUUCCUAAUGUCCGACACCGCUUUUCCGCCAAGCGUCUUGAGCAGCUAUUCUUGGGUGUGACCAAGCGUACGGCCCAGAACUCGAGCAGCAUGCGGGAAGACAUCCGCCGUGACAAGCAGCCUGAAAUUGAUUACAUCAAUGGCUAUAUCGUGAAACGCGGCGAGCAACAAGGCAUCAAAUGUGCUCUUAAUUUUAUGCUGAUGCAGCUCAUCAAAGGAAAGCAUUCCUUGAGAGGAGGCGCAGAGCUGCCAUAUGGCACGACACGAGUAGUGACCGAGGCCGAUGCUGAUCGUCCAGACUUGGUCACCAUUUCGGACAAGAGCACACCUCCAAGGGGUAGCGUGGGUUGA